CUGAUCAUUAUACAUGAUGGUAAUCUAACUGUAAAAACAAAGGAAAUAAACAUAUUUGCAUGGAAAUAUCCAUUGGCCGAUAUCCACAAUAUCUCUCCACAAAUGUACAGCCAUAUGCUUGAUACCAGUUACUGCAUCCUAAAAGUGAAGCAAUAGCGUUAUUCCUGUUUGUUCCAUCUUGCCUUAACCAUCAUGCUGCCAUAUUUUUUGUGGGUGUAAGGUUUUGGUUUCCUUCAUUUUUUCACCAGACCUUUAGCUUGUGUUGUGUCUAAAUAAAUUUAACUAGCUUCAACCAGACACAAGCAUCAUUCUCAGCGCUGAGGAUCGCAUCUGUUGAGUUAGCUGCAUUGAUGACCCCAGCCGGCUCUGAAGAAGAGAUUCAGCAGGUGAAUGGGCGUGAAUUUUCCAAGUCUGGACAUGAGGGAACGGUGGAGGCCAUGCGGAAGGAUCCCAUCAUGGUGCAGGUGUUGAGGCGGGGGCCCUCGGCCCGGAACCAAAACAGUCUACAGGAAGUGUGUGUGGUGGAUGUGUGCACUCAGACAGACAUCACCUUUGAGCACAUCAUGGCUCUGGCUAAGAUGAGACCCACCACCCCACCUGUGCCAGACAUCUGCCCCUUCCUGCUGUCGGACAGUUGUCAUUCCAUUCAGACUAUGGAGCAUGAAUAUUUUGAUUGUCCAGAGUAUGUGGCCAGCACUCAGGCAGAGGUGGACAGGGCAGUUGAAUUUGAGUGUGAGGAGAUUGAACUCUGUCGAAUGAACAGCCAGGAAAAGCUGGGUCUUACUCUCUGUUACCGCACUGAUGAUGAGGAAGAUACAGGCAUUUUUGUUGGCCAGGUCGAGCUCAACAGCAUAGCUGCGAGGGAUGGACGCAUCAGAGAGGGAGACAGAAUUUUACAGAUAAACGGUCAUGACGUGCAAAACAGGGAAGAGGCUGUCGCUCUCCUCUCAAAUGAAAUUUCCAGAUCCAUAGUGUUACUUGUCACCAGACCUGAAGGACAGAUGGAUGGAAGCUGGCUUGAUGAAGACCAUCAAGAUUUCCUAGAGGAGCUGAAGAUGGAGAUUUUAGAAGAACAGAAAAAGGAGGGAAUUCUUCAAACAGCUGGUUGUGUAAAGCGGUCUAAAAGACAUGAGGAUGCCUCAGCAAGUACCGAUACAGCAACAUGCUCCUCUACCAUUCUGGAGAAGGACAGUGGCGUGAAAUGCAGCUUUGAGGAGAGCUCCGAACCUGAAUUGCUCUCUCAUCCUCAAACAUGGACUCAAAGACAACUUCGGGACAGGUGGGAAGCGGGCUCGCAUUUGGUUCCUAUGGACACCGUAAGCUUGACCAGGCAGGAGAAGGGUCAGGAGGGCAAGUUGAGCGAGAAUGGAGUGGAGUGUGACCAUUUCCAGCAACUCCUGGAGCUCAAGUGCCAGAUCCGUAAUAGUGGAGAAUGCGGGUUGGUCUACAGGCGAAGCAGUACUAUCGAGUGCAGCCUGACGGAGCAGGGCGGAGUGGCACGGGAGCUGCACAUGCUCAACGAAGAGCUGCGCAGCAUUGAACUUGAGUGCCAGAGCAUCAUGCAAGCCCACCAGCUGCGCAGGAGCAAGCACGACUCUCCUCGAGCAGAUAAGGAAAGUAGACUGCGUCGUGCCAAGCUUGCGGAUAUCAACGAACACCCUGAGAGACUACAAAGUGAGAAGCUCAGAGAUAAAGACAGCUCUAGUGCCUACAAUACAGCCGAAAGUUCCCGCUCAACUCCACUGGGAACAGAAGGUUCACCAGAUCACUCUCUACAGCAUCGAGUCCACCUGACCAAUCAGAGGAACCUUCGGAGUACCCAACACUUGCAGAGUCCCUACAAUAGUCCCAUCUUGUCUUUACCCAGCCAAAGUAGCCCUACUUGCAGUCGUGCCCAUACGUACACCAGCUCCACACCACCCUUACAGACCCCCAUCACCAGUCCUGGUUCACAAGGACCCAGCCAGGCCUUCUCCAGCAGCUUGGAGCAAAGCCCCAGCAACCCCUCGGAGUCCGACCCAGCGCUUCCAGCUGAUGAUGAGCGCUGUGAGAGAGAAAGAAACCGGAAUAGGAUUGCAACCGCUCGGCACUCCCAAUCACCCUACCACAGCAACACCACAAUAACCCAGCCUCCCAGCACACGACACUACCAGAGUUACCUGCAGCUCCUACAACAACAUUCCUCUUCCUCUCUGGAGUACUCCCAGAGCCAGCUUAGCCUCCUCAGCCUCCGUGGACGGCCUGGACCCUCGCCACCUGGCCGACUUGAAUGGAAGGUCAAAGUACGAGCAGAUGGAACUAGGUAUGUGGCACGUCGGCCCGCACGGGACCGCAUCCUGCGCGAAAGAGCCUUACGGAUCCGGGAGGAACGCAGUGGUGGGAUGACUACAGAUGACGACACAGUCAGCGAGUUGAAGAUGGGCCGGUACUGGAGUAAAGAAGAACGCAAGCAGCAGCUAGCACGGGCCAGAGAACAAAGGCGCAGGAGGGAGUUCAUGCAGAGGAGCCGGCUUGAGUGCCUCAGGGAGACCAUGGGGACGGCAAGUGGAGAGGUCAGCAUCCUGGAGCUCAGCCAUAAGAAGAUGCUGAAGAAACGAAACAAGAAGAUCCUUGACAAUUGGAUGACCAUUCAAGAGCUCAUGAGCCAUGGAGCACGAGCACCUGAGGGCACCAAAGUUCACAAUGCCUUCCUGUCAGUCACAACAGUUUAGUGAAAAGCAUGACCCCAGGUGGUCUCAGUUUAUGUACUUGCCUCAUUCCAAGUGGCCAUUUUAUAAAGGUGAAGAUGCAGAUAUUUUUCAUGUUUUGUGAAACUGAGUGAUACUUUGUGAAAACUCAACUAAACUCAAGACUUCAAGAAAUGUGAAUGUUCAAAAACUCUUUUGAUACACUGACACGUUGACACUACCGUUACAGACCUCGCUGUGUUUUCGUACUAGAAUGUAUAAAAGACGGUUUUAAUAGGAUUUUACACACUACAUUGUGGUUUAAUGUAGUGUUUCUUCCCAUGCAUUUGCAUUUGUAUUUUAUAAAUGGCAAGUUUUCAUGCGAUAUAAAAUACAGUACUUGAAUAUCGGCUUUUGCUGCCAUUACAUCUUUUAAAUCUGAAAUGUAAAUAUCUGUAACUGUUCUUAUUAAGAUCUUCAUGGGUUAAGGUCUUCAUUGCAGUUUAAUGGGUUUACAAGAGUUGUUUGACAUACCGCACGAUGUUACCAUUUUAAUGGUAUUGUAUACAAUACGUACGAUUUUUGUACUGUUCUGUAUGAACAUUAUUUAUAUUUUUGAGUCUAAUAAGUUAUCUUAUUCCAUCUUUAUAAUGCCAAAUGACCCAGUCUGUAUCUCAGUCAGGCGCUAAACAUGGAGUUUCUACCACUCUCAUUGUGCCUUGUAUAGAGGCUCAUUUUUCUACCACAGGUUGUGAAGAGACACCUUGAGUAAUCUAGCUGUCAUGUUUUUAGUCUCUUUUUGAUGUGUAAAACAACUUUGUAGCCAGGUCUAUGUGUUCUAGGUGUGCUA